AGGGAGCGCGCGACGGGCCACGCACGUCCGGGCGUCCAGUUCGGGGCAGCUUCUCCGGCUGGUGGGCGGGUGGGGCAAGCCUUUCAGGCAGGGUGGCAACCAACUAUAUCUGAGGACCAGAGCCAUUUUGAGGCACCAGAGCUUGUGACCUCUCCAUCUCCACCCAGCUGGGUCCAGGGGCCACUCUCAGCACCCACCUCAGCAGCUGACAUCAUAAAGCUGACUUGGGAACCUGGAAGCACUUUGGAGAACCUUUUCCUGAGACAUGGAGCUUUGGGGCCGAAUGCUGUGGGCCCUCCUGUCCGGCCCAGGGAGGCGGGGAAGUACCCGGGGCUGGGCCUUCAGCUCAUGGCAACCCCAACCACCUCUGGCUGGGUUAUCCAGUGCCACAGAACUGGUCAGCCACUGGACUCGGGUCUUUGAGAAGAGGGGUAUCCCUGAGGCCCGGGAAUCCAGUGAGUACAUCGUGGCCCAUGUCCUUGGAGCCAAAACAUUUCAGAGCCUGAGGCCGGCACUUUGGACCCAGCCCUUGACCUCUCAGCAACUACAGUGUAUCCAGGAGCUGAGUAGCCGUCGAUUGCAGAGGAUGCCCGUGCAGUACAUCCUUGGAGAGUGGGACUUUCAGGGGCUCAGCCUGAGGAUGGUGCCCCCAGUGUUUAUUCCUCGGCCAGAAACAGAGGAAUUGGUUGAGUGGGUGCUGGAAGAGGUGGCCCAGAGGUCCCAUGCUGUGGGAUCCCCAGGCAGCCCCCUCAUUCUGGAGGUGGGCUGCGGAUCGGGAGCCAUCUCCCUCAGCCUGCUGAGCCAGCUCCCCCAGAGCCGAGUCAUUGCUGUGGAUAAGGGGGAAGCUGCUAUCUCUCUGACCCAUGAGAAUGCUCAGAGGCUUCGGUUGCAGGACAGGAUUUGGAUCAUCCACCUCGACAUGACCUCAGAAAGGAGCUGGACAUACCUGCCCUGGGGCCCCGUGGACCUGGUCGUCAGCAACCCUCCCUACGUCUUCCACCAGGACAUGGAGCAGCUGGCCCCCGAGAUCCGCAGCUAUGAAGACCCCGCGGCCCUGGAUGGUGGGGAGGAGGGCAUGGACAUCAUUACCCACAUUCUGGCCCUGGCACCCCGGCUUCUGAAGGACUCUGGUAGUAUCUUCUUAGAAGUGGACCCAAGGCACCCGGAGCUUGUUAGCAGCUGGCUUCAGAGCCGGCCUGACCUGUACCUUAAUCUUGUGGCUGUGCGCAGGGACUUCUGUGGGAGGUAAGAUCCUAGCCCCCUUUAGCCCUGUAGCUUGCUGGUCUUUCCACUGGGGCCAUCCUUAGCCCUGGCUGUCAAGAGAGUGUGCUGUUCUCACUCCCUGUUCAUUCCCCGAAGCCCAGGUGGUAACCAGCCCCUGUCCCUGUCUCCUCAGGCCCCGGUUCCUGCAUAUCCGGAGGUCUGGGCCAUAGCGUGGCUGCCCUGUGGAUGCCUUGUCAGUGCCGCCAGCCUGACCAGAGGGAGGUGGAUGGCACUUUCCAGAGCCCAGGUGCUUAUGGCAUUUCUCAGGGUUCUGUGAUUUCCCCAUGCUCUGCAUUUCUAGGAUAUUUCUAGGACACUUGGAUAGGCUCCAUCACCUCAGAGUGGCUGAGGGCAGUUGCUCUGUGUUGGUGAAAUUGUUAUGGGGGGUAUUGGGGGAUAUGGCCAGUAAAGUAUUGAAAGAUUAACAAAUGGUGACCUAAUGUUUUAUACAUUACUUGCAGGUCCCCUGACCCCUUACUCCCAGGUAGCACUGGGGUAAGAGUUUCCUUCUGCCCCAGCAGGGCUGGCUGUCAGUCCCCUGCUUGGUAGGGGUGUGGGGGUGCAGUGUGGAGGAAGGCACGUGAGUCCUCACUCCUGGCCUUGGAUACCAUGGGGCCUGGCGUAGAGCAGCUCACUCCCAGGGAUUGAUUAGUCCGCCACUGCCCUGGGUGCGUGCGUACACAAUUCCCUGGCCAAGCCUGGCUUGAGCGCAGGAAGCUCAUCUGCGUUUCGGCUCAAGGAUGACUACCUGCUUUCUGGAGGGGAGGGCUUGGAGGUCCUUGCUGCACAGUUCCUGGGUCGCACAUCCACGUUCAUUUAACUGAAGGCUUGAGCCAGUGAGGGGUGUUUCCUUUUUAUCCCCAUAGCUUUUAGCUAAAACAUCCCUCCUGAGUUGACCCCCUGGGGUUUCAAAUAACCCAUAUGUCCCUGGUUGGGGCUGGGGAGAGUGAGAAGCUGAGAUACUGGGCACAGGGUUGUGGCCUCCACCCCAGCUCUGGUCUGUGCAGACUCAUGGCCACCAGGAGGCCUGCAGAUCCAGCCUUCCUGUCAACAGUGACAGGAAAUCUCUAGGUUGGUGAGUGCUGGUGAUGUGAGCCUGCAUCAGGGUGGGCCCUAAGGAACAUGGCAAACCAGCCUGGCUCAUUCCACUAGACUGCCCCCUGCCACCCUGGCACUUCCCAGGGCCUGGCAGUAUGGUCUGAUGGGCAGUAUGGUCCGAUAGGCAGCAGCAUCCUCUGCUGCAGCCGGGAGAGCUGAGUUCCAGGGCUGUGUCCUGCAGUGGGACCUUGGGCAGCUCCUUUCCCUAUGAGAAGCUGGCUCUUCUGAGUCCAAGGCCAACGCCAAGUGGCAGCCUCUUUACUCUUAGCCAAGUGGAAUGUGCAUGCUGGCAUCUGAAUGUCCAUUCUCCAGGCAGGGAGAACAAGAGAAGGUAUGGACUGCCUGAGGUCCCAUGACAGUGGCCAAGUGGAGACACAGCAUCUCAGGGCAGCUGCCCUGACCUCGGAGCAGUCUGUUGCCCCCCACACCUCAGCCAGUCCUGGCUUCCCUGAUGGUCUCACCCUCCUGGCCUCAGGCCCAUUCCUGAGGAAGGGCCUUGGUGAGCUUGUGGAUGUUGCACCAGAAGAGAGUGCAGUGUUGGAGAGUGACAGUGUUGGGGCAGCUGGGGCCACAAGCAGGAGCCGGCCUCGGGCACAACUUUCUGCCCAGAAAAAUGUGCAGCUUGACUCUGCUGAGGAAAAGGUCCAAGCCAAGAGGACUGGCAGGCGGGGCCUCAAGCCUGCAGCUACCGGCUUGAUUGGGCCCUGGACGUUGAGCCCAGAUGCAUGUGAGGAGCCCGUGGAAUGUGCUUGGCUUGGCACAUUGUGGCAUUUUUCCUUGCCUUCCUCAGAGGGCAGACACAGGGAGGAAGGACCCAGUGCCCUCAGGCGUCCAUCUGAUGCUUGGGACCAACAUAAGGCAGGCAGGGAUACAAGACAAUCUGGAAAGAAGGGAAGGCAGGAGUUUCAGUCUUGGGCUCUUGACUCCUCACUGUUGUCUAGAGAUGGAGCCAGCAGGCUUGUAGCCUGGCAGCCCACAUCUCCCCUCAGCCCCUCCUUACUAUGGCCCCAGUGCCUUGAGUCCCAGGCCAGGGUAGCCAGUGGCUCCAGCUCAGGGAAAGCCAGGCUCACCUGCCCUAUCCCCUCCCUUGCUCCUGAGGCCAAAGCCAGAGACUCGAACUGCCUCCCCACCACCACCAGCAUAAGUCAAGGAGCACUUGCAGGCAGAAUGGGAGGAGGACGUGGAGCUGAUGGAGUCCAGGCUGUGCAAGCCCCUGAGGUCUUGAGAGAUGUGCCCACUGCCCAUGCAGCCUCCUUCAGCCAGAGCCCAGAGCAUAGACAGGAGUGUAGGAGUCCCUGUUUGAUGUACUCUGGGAGAGUAAUUCUAACUCCUCUUCUGAUAGUUGGGGAAACUGAGGCCUUGUCUCACAGUUGGAUGCUUUUCCCAGUUGUCAGUGGGUUUCUCCAUGUGUCUCAUACAGCUGCCAUAUUGAAAUAUGCUCCCAACCCCCUAAGUGCAAGAAGUACACUCUUUUUUGCUCCUUUACCCCCACCUGGACCCUGGGCCAUUGGCUGCUCCCAAUCCCUGCCCCAAACACUUAGCUGGCUCCCCAUGACCUAAGUGUGUUCUCUUGUGUCCUAUGGAAUCCAGUUCUGAAGAGGUGGGGGAGGACAACUGUGGGAAAAGCCCUGGGGGCCCCUCCCAAGGCCCCAUCAGUUCUCUGAGUAGGCUGCCAUGAGAACAAAGGGCUCCACUGCUGACAAGGUUUGAGAACUGCUGGCUUGAGGUGAGAACCCCUUUAACCUCUGUGGGACAGCAUGUCUUUCCCUAUCCACCUUUGAUUCUUUCCUCUUUUUUUUCUUCAUUGGCUCCUUCUUAAUGGAUUCUCUUCUCUACUGCCCUGGGCUUCAGCCUUUUUGCAGCACUCUGGAUGCCCUGAACACACACCUUCCCUUUGUCCAGGCAGUGCAAACAAUCCACUUCUUCAAGCUCCAACACAAAUGCUGCCUCCUUUAGGAUGCCUGCUCUGUGCUCUCCCUGCCUCUCCUAGCCCAUACCUCUGCUGGCACCUUCUGUACCAUGCCUUCAGAAACCUUCUUAUCCCCCUCAUCUCUGGGGCCCCCUGUGAAUCUGGCAUACCCAAGUUCAGUAAAUGUCUACCAGUAAGCUGAUGGUACAUGCAUUUUCUAGAAUAGAGCUGGGACUUUCCAUGUGGCCCACAUCUGACCUGGCGGCCCAUGUAUUCCGGUUAUUAGGGAUGGGAAGCCAUGAGGACCUGGCCUUCGGCCCAACCCAGGCAGCCAUUCAAGUUGAGCGAUGGCCACUUUGAAGACUCAAGUGCACCUGAUCACUGCGCGACAGCCACGCCAGGAGAACAGGCUGUCCUUGGCGGCAGUAGGAGCAGGCGCCAGGUUUCCUGGAGCUCUUGGCUUCAGCCAGCCCCCAGCCAGAGUCCUUGCUAGGACAGUGACCUGAUCUCCUCCUCAUGACCUUCUGCCCUGGACAAGCCCCCUGAACUGGAUUUGGGACUGUCAAAGCAACUCUACCCCUGCUCUGGUAGGCUGAACAGUGACCCCCCCCAAAAUGGCAGUAUCUUAAUUACCUAAACCUUAAUAUGUGACUAUAUUACCUUCACAUAGCAAAAUGGACUUUGCAGAUGUGAUUAAGGAUCUUGGAAAGAGUAUCCUGGAUUUUUCAGGUAAACUGAGUAUAAUCACAAGGCCCUCUGUAAAGGAGGCAGGAGUGUCAGAGUGACGGGAGAAAAUGUAUGUAACAAUGGAAGCAGAGGUCAGAGUGAUGCAAUUGCUGGAGGAAGAGCCAUGAGCCAAGGAAUGCAGACAGCCUCUUCUCCUCUGGGGCCUCAAGAAGAAUGCAGUCCUGCCAAUACCUUGAUUUUAAGCCCUGUGAAACUGAUUUCAGAUUGCUGACCUCCAGAAUAGUGAUGUGGCCAGGAGAACUAUUCCUCAACCUUCAGACCUAAACUGCCCAGGCCCCCCUUUUUUUACUCAUAUUUGGAGAGAGGUGGCCCUUUCCCAGAGUGAGAAGACUGGAAGACUGACCAGCAUGGGUUCCAGAAGGGAGUGGGUGAGGAAUGGGACUGGGAUGUGGGGAGAGAGUGCAAGGCUGGCCUCCAUGGCCCAUCUCCAGAGACUGGGUCCAGAGAGGACCUCAGAGACUGGGACCAAGCCUGUUCUGCUCUCCUGUGGAGUUAUGUGACUGGCCCAGCACCCCUUGGGUGUGUGAGGAUAAGCAGGAGCCCUGUACUCUCUGGGUUGCAGGUACUGCAUCUGUGAAAUGAGCACAGCAGCCCCUGACUUUGAGCUAAUGGGCCUGGCCCCUCCAUGUAAGCCACAGGCCUGAGCAGAGCUGUGUCACCAUUCUGUUCCUAUGGUGGAGUGGGGCUAUCCCUGGGGUUCUCAACCUCCUGGUCCCUAAAACUGAAUUGGCCAACUGGUGCCCUCAGCCCUGUCCCUGUCCAGGCUGGGACUAGGACCUCCCUCUCCAGGGGUACUAAAGGACUCUGAAGACACCAUCCCACCCAGCCAAGGCUUGGGGCUCCUGAAGCCAGUCCUAACGCAGGAGCCACAUGGAGAGCUACUGGGAGGCCAGACAUGGGCCUCAUGCUGGGUUUCAGAGCUGAGAAGCUGGGGGACAGAGAGCGUGGACACCUGGGUUCAAGGGUCAGCUUGGCCCCAAAUCACCUGGAUACGCUUUGGAUGAAGCCAGGAGGGCCUGUUUAUACUGGAAGGGGUGGAUCAUGGCAAGACUUAUAUUCAAUCCCUGAUCUUUUUUCCCAGAGAGGGAUGGGGCUUACUUGAAGUAACACAGCACUUGAGUCCUGA